UGGCUCAGUCUCCCUCGAUAAACACCGAGCGCACCGCGGCGCCGCACCUCAGCCUAGCUCCGUAACCGCCGCGAACUGGAAGAAGAGCGGCAGCCGCCAGACUCUGGUGGUUCCACUGAAGAACGGCAGGCAGCCAGUCACACUUCCCCCGCCGACGCGUCGAUUGGAUUGGGUUAGUGAUCCAUCCAAAUUUGGGGUUGUUUUUUUUCGUUGAUUUUCCAAAAAGGAAGAAGGAUUGGGUGUUCAGCUGAACACCCAUGCCCACCGCUAAGUCCGCCUCUGCGCAGGAGGAGGGGAGAGAGGGGUUGUUCGCGUCAUGCUCCUUCUCCGACCUCGGCCUCCACCCUACCCUCUGCGCCCACCUCCAAGAUAAGAUGGGUUUCCAAGCACCAACCCGAAUUCAAGCUCAGGCAAUUCCGGUUGCCAUGUCAGGACAGCACAUGCUAGUUAAGGCAGCAACUGGAACUGGGAAAACACUCGCAUACCUUGCACCCAUUGUUCAACAUCUCCAGAUGAGAGAGCCUCGUGUCGAGAGAACUCAUGGAACUUUUGCGUUGGUACUUGUGCCAACGCGAGAGCUAUGCUUGCAGGUUUACGGGAUUGCACAGCAGUUGGUUCAUCGUUUUCACUGGAUUGUCCCUGGGUAUGUCAUGGGUGGUGAGAACAGAGCAAAAGAGAAAGCAAGACUGCGGAAAGGAAUAUCUAUUCUCAUUGCUACUCCUGGGCGCCUUCUGGACCAUUUACAGCAUACUUCGUCAUUUGUUUAUUCAAAUUUGCGCUGGAUAGUUUUUGAUGAAGCUGACAGCAUUCUUGAACUUGGUUUCGGAAAAGCAGUUGAGGAUAUACUGGAGCACUUGGGUUCAAGGAAUGGCGCUCCCGAUCAAAGUAAAAAUAAAGCAGAACAUAUGCAAAGGCAGAACCUUCUCUUAUCUGCUACUCUUAAUGAAAAGGUGAACCGGUUAGCCAAAAUUAGUUUGAAGAACCCAGUGAUGAUUGGCCUUGAUGAGAAGCCUUCGGGGAAAUCCAGUACGCUGGGGAACAGUCAUACUUCUCUAUUAUCUGAUGAUGAAGAGGACGAAAUACUGGAAAAGCAAAAUGAUUUAGUGGAACAAGCGGUUGAUGAUUUCAAUCUUCCUGCACAAUUGAUCCAAAGAUAUGUUAAAGUUUCAUGUGGUUCAAGGCUUGCAGUUCUUCUUACGAUUCUCAAAUCUCUAUUUGAAAGACAAGUCUCCCAGAAGGUUGUUGUUUUCUUGUCAACCUGUGUCUCGGUUGAUUUCCACCAUACAGUACUCAGCCAGCUUGAGUGGAGUCCUGGCCUGCAACUUGAUACGGAGAAAAAGCAAAAGUUUCUUAGCUGUAAAGUGUUCCGUUUGCAUGGUAACAUGGACCAGGAUGAUCGCAAGAAGUCAUUUUUGGGAUUUGGUUCUGAAAAAUCUGCAAUUCUUGUAUCUACCGAUAUUGCUGCUAGGGGCUUGGACUUUCCAAAAGUGAAGUGCAUCAUACAGUAUGAUUCUCCGGGGGAAGCUUCUGAAUAUGUUCACAGGGUUGGAAGAACAGCAAGGAUUGGUGAAAAGGGGGAGGCCCUCCUGUUUCUACAACCUGUUGAAAUCGACUACUUGAAAGAUCUAGAGCUACAUGGUGCAUCACUGACAGAAUAUCUCUUUCAAAAGGUUUUGGAUAGUUUUCCUGUAAAUGGACAGAAGCCUCACAAAAGAAAGCAAAUAUCUUUAGAUAUGCAUCCUUGGAUAAUGUCUCUGCAGAGAUCGCUAGAAAGUUUCGUCGCAGCGGAGGCUGAAACAAAGAAGCUUGCCAGGGAUGCCUUCUGUUCCUGGGUUCGUGCCUACACUGCCCACCGAGGUGAACUCAAGAAGAUUUUUAUGGUGAAGAAGCUCCACCUGGGACAUGUAGCAAGGAGCUUCGGUUUGAAGGAGCAGCCCUCGUUGGUUGGGAGGUCACACCAGGUGCAACUCAAGAAGAGGAAGAAAGAGCAGAAGCGUGAACGACCCGCCAAGAGGAGAAAGCUACCCUCUAAGAAGUGAAUUUCCAUAGCCGAAACAGUGUCGCUUGACUUGGAUGGUGGAUCACGAUCCACUCCAGUUUUGGAACUAACUGCGGUGACCUGAUGGUGAAUGCUCAACAGGGACCUUGUGAGACUUGCACACUAUGGCUAGGACUGGAGGGGGCCUAGACGAAAGCUAAUUUACUGCGAGGUUACAUGUUUGGAUAUUUGUUUGGAGUGUAGCAACUAGCAACAAAUGCACAAUAUUUCUUCAGACGAGACUACGCAUUACUGUAGUUGCCACCAGUGUUUUUCUUAAUCAUAAUCCCAGGCCUGCCUUUCUCCCCAUGCAAGCAAUCUGUAAACGACCGAUGUUUUAAAAUGGUAUGUUGAAUUGAUACAA